AGCCGCGCUGUCCACGGGAGGAGCUCACGGGUUGUAUCUGCUGCGCGUCAUGCGGGUUGUGUCCCUCUGGCAAUUGUUCAGUAAUGUGUGGCUGCAUAGACGAGCGGGGGUCCAGUUUCUAGGAGCGGCUGCUGCACCUCUGACGGCUGUCCGGCGAAUCAAGGCAGGAAUGAACAUGCACCAAGGAGGAGUGGGGCAAAGUGGAGAGCAGGAGGUGGUGACGGGACUGGUUUGUCAGGAGUCUGAUCUGCACGAUGGACAAAUGAAGGAGGUGGCCGUGGAGGACCAGAAGGUGCUGUUGGUCCGAACCAAGGGUCAGUACAGCGCCAUUGGAAGCAGGUGCUCACAUUAUGGCGCACCUCUCAUUAAAGGAAUACUGGUUGGAGAGAGAGUGAGGUGUCCUUUCCACGGGGCCUGCUUCAAUGUGAGAACUGGAGACAUCGAGGAUUAUCCGGGCCUGGACUGUCUACCAACCUACAAGGUCAAGGUCCAAGAUGGUAAUGUUUAUGUUUCUAUUGAUAAAAAGUCUAUGAAGUUGACCAAGAGGGUGAAGGAGAUGUGCACAGUCCAACCUGAUGUCAAACACACCGUUCUGCUGGUAGGAGGAGGUCCUGCCUCGCUGGUUUGUGCCGAGACUCUUCGUCAGAACUGCUACCAGGGUCGCCUCGUCAUCGUAACCAGAGACAGCCUGCCUCCGUUUGACAAACCCAAACUGAGCAAAGCCAUGAAUGUGGAGAGCAGCAAUAUCCUCCUGCGGCCACAUGACUUCUACCAGCAACACGGGAUAGAAAUAUGGACGGGGAAAGAGGUGGUUUCCGUGAACCCGGCCGAGAAACAUGUGAAGCUGAGCGACGGCACAUCGGAGCGUUACGAUCAGCUCCUCCUCUCAACGGGCUGCAGAGCGCGUCCUCUCGGCUGUCCAGGAUCUGAUUUGAAGGGGGUGCAUCUGCUGCAGAGCUACGAAGACGCCAAAGAGAUUCACACAAGCUCUCUGGGCCAGAGAGCGGUUGUAAUCGGAGCUUCCUUCAUAGGUAUGGAGGCAGCUUCGUACCUGUCAGACAAAGCUGCCAGCGUGGCCCUGGUGGGCCCCACCAAGUACCCGUUUGAGAAGUCCCUGGGCCCGGAGAUCGGCAAGAUGACCAAGGAGAUGUUGGAGGACAAAAACAUCAAGUUCUUUAUGAACAACAAAGUGACAGAGAUCAGAGGGGAGAACGGGAAGGUGAAGGAGGUGGUGCUGAGUGACGGUACUGUCUUGGAAGCUGAUGUGGUGAUUGCAGGAAUCGGUGUGAUUCCCAAUUCAGAUUUCCUUGCAGGAAGCGACGUGGCGGUGGAUUCGAGAAAAGCGAUCAUCGUUGACAAGUUCAUGAGAACAAACGUCGCAGACAUUUUCAGCGCCGGAGACGUCGCCUCCUUCCCUCUGACCAUUCGCGGGGACCAGCGGGUCAAUAUCGGUCACUGGCAGAUGUCCCACGCUCACGGAAGGGUAGCAGCGCUGAACAUGCUGAACAAACCAACCACCAUCGAGUCAGUCCCUUUCUUCUGGUCUGUGCUGGACGGAAAGAGCAUCAGAUACGCAGGUUACGGUGAGGGCUACACAGAAAUCAUAUUCAGCAAAGUGGAAGAAAGGAAAUUUCUGGCAUUCUACAUAAAGGACGAGGUGGUGGUGGCUGCCGCCAGCCUGAUGUUUGAUCCUGCCGUGGCUCACGUUGCAGAGCUGAUGGCCAGAGGCACGGUCAUAACAAAGGCACAGGCUCAGGCUGAAGACUUGAGCUGGCUGCAGAUGUAACCGUGGGUGAUCCGGAGCAGAAACUUCCCAGCGACCGAUGAUGGUGUCUCCCUCUCUCUUCCUCUACAGUGCCUUCUUCGAUCGGUCCAUUUAUCGCCUCCGGGCAGGCGUCGCAGUAAACUAAUCAGUCUGGGUGUCUUUUCUGACUUAAUUGUGCUGUUGCCAUAGUAGCAGAUAAAGCUGCAUUGCAUUCAUUGAUCGUGCAGAUUGACUAAUUUAAUUUCACUGUCAUCAUAACAGCGUGGUAACGGUCUGUUUCACUGUUAAAUGAUGUGAUGUCUGACAUGUUCACUGUGUAAGAUGCUUUGUUUGACUAUUUAAGAGCAAUAAAUCUGGCUCAUUAAGGUGAUUUUUUUUUGUGAUUCUAACUAAAUGGAUGCUGUUGUUUGGUUAAUCUGAUUGUGUUGUAGGAAAGGAAUAAAACAGUGCAAUGUC